UGAUCUGAACUUCCUCAAUCUGCCUACCAGCAGCAGGUUGACUGCUCUGAGCCAUGCUGCACCACUGCUCUGCCAGCAUUCGGACAUGAGAGACAUACAGAGGAUCUUUAGAUCAGAAGACCCUCAAACUGGCUAAACCGAAACAAAAACUCACAAAAGGGAGAGACACUGGUGCCCAUUCCUGUUCUGACUCUCAUCCUGUGUGAGUGUGAAGGUCACCAUGGCAACUGGGCCUCAGGGUAACCACGGACAGCCAAGGUUUGGCCCCAGGGACCAUCUGAUUGCUAUGUUCAGGGCCUGCUCCAGAGAUCCAACCGAGGCGAUCAAAACAAGACUGAGAUGUUUGCUGCACACCUUUCUGCAACACCACAGGGGCAAUGCAGACAAUGAGAACACCAACGAUUUGGCAGCAAAGUGCUGCUGUGAAGCCAUGGUCUGGUAUUACAGGAUCCUGGAGAUCCUCAUCAGUCAAGAAAGGAAUAGGCUGGGAGUCAGCGACAUCUCAGCCAUAUUGGAGACGGAGCUUUUGCAGUGCUGUCUGGUGGCCUGUUGUCUGGAGAUUACCAUAUCCUCAAACUGCCUUCCAUAUGACUUCCCUCUGCUCCUUCAGAUCUUGAAAGUGGCACCAUACAACUUCCUGAAGGUGAUUGAGGUGGUGUUGCGGGCUGAAGUGGGAUUGCCUCGCCCUGUGGUCAGACACCUCGCUCAAGUGGAAGAGAAAGUUCUGGAGAGCUUGGCCUGGACCAGCGACUCACCGUUGUGGGAAGAAAUCAGAGCCAACGAGGGCCAUCUGCCUACCUGCCAACAGGUGAUGCUUCCUACACAACUUGAAGAUCCCAAUAGAACUCACUCUGACAGAAACCAACCACGAGUUUUGCCAGUGGAUCUCAGUUUUGGAGCUGAACCGGCAGCCAGCACUAACCAACAGCAUGUAAACAGGCCUCGGAGAAGCAACUCCCUCCAUCUGUUUGCUCGCGAGGUUUACAGCUUGAUGGCCAGGCGUCUGAGGGAGAUGUGUUCCCCACUGGGCAUUUCUGAUGAGCUGCGGCUGAAGAUCUGGACCUGUUUUGAGCACUCUCUGGUCCACUGUACUGUACUCAUGGUAGACCGUCACCUGGACCAUCAGUUUUUGUGUGCCAUCUACAUCAUGGCUAAGAUUAGUAAGGUGGAAAUAUCCUUCAAGCGCAUUAUGGAGUGCUACAAGUCUCAGCCACUUGUCAACAAAAGUGUCUGCAAAAAUGUUCUGAUGUCCGAAAGAGACAUCGAAGUAUUUCCCACUGGAAGCAACAAUAAGGGAGGCCCCAGCGCCAUUAACCCGACACCAGACUCCCCAUCAACACAUUAUCCAGGGCCUUCUCAGGAGGAGAGAGGAAAUCUAAUUGACUUUUACAACAAAAUCUACACGUCAAAGAUGCAGCACUUUGCCCAGCAGUUUGCCUCAACAUGUGGAGGGGACACUCCUCCGUUGUCUCCGUACCCCAGACAGUGUAAAGCGUCUCCUCGCAGACAGCGACUGUCCAGCAGCCACAACCUCUACAUUUCACAACACGACACAGACACCACUUCCCCAAGUACAUCUGGACUCUCCUACUUUUUCAACUCAAGCUCCUCAGAGUGUCUGCGUCAGAUCAAUAACAUGAUCAGGACGGGCCAGUCUCCCAACAAGCGGUGCCUUGGGGUGUCAUUGGAGAGAGGAGAGGAGGACAAGGGAGAAGGGGAGGAGGAGGAAGAUGGUCCUUCAGCGAAGAGGAUCCGUUUGGAUGGCCAGUCAGUCUUGCAGAGGCGACUAAGGAAUGUGGUGAAUGAUCGUGUGACAACGAAGGACCAGGACCAGGACAAGGACAAGCACAAGGACCAGGUCCAGGACCAGGACCAGGACCAGGACCAACCAUCUCCAGUUACAAGGCCUAACCUACACUAGAGCAGAGCUGAGCAUGGAGUCUCACUCUGCUGCUGUUUCUGAGACUGUAAUAACAAUGACAGGUGUUAUAGUAACACAGAGCAGAUUUGUGUUCCUUUUUAUAAAUCUGUUAACAAUUCCUUUAGGCCAAAUGCUUUGUCAGCUCAAAUUCUUGUCCUUAAUUUGUGCUAAAAUGAUGCCUUUUUGCUUUACAAUGUUUCUGACACACACUGUCCUUAAAAAGAGCACUUAACCCUCAGCUAAGUGGCCAAUGGUAGAAGAUUGAGAUCAUCCUGAGCAGCUCCCUGGUGGAGGUGUAUGAUGUUGUAUAUAUUUUGAAAUAGGGCAUUGCUGAAAAGUGCUCAGUUAAUUUUCCUUGGAUGAAUAAAACUAGACUGAGAACUGCAUUUAAACUGUAGGAGAAACUUGCUUGCCCCUGACAGCAUCGUGGGGACAAGCUUAUGUCAAGCUUCACCAGUGCCCGUGGCCUAAUGAAUACUUGAUUUGAUUCUGACUGACUAGAUCCUGAUUAAGUGAGGGAUGGCACUUAGAGUUUAGUGCAAGACACUUUAAAGCAGUUGUAUGUGUUUUUCCUGUUUUUAUCCUAUAACCUUUUUUGACAUUUUUUUUUUUUUUAAAGAUAAGCUAAAUUGAAACUAUUGAAGACAGUGUGAAACAUGUUUUUUAAUUCUUUGCAGCUCCAGCUAUUACUGAUUGCAACCUUGAUAUUAUGGAUGAAUCAAUAGGAUAUUGCAUUUUAUUAAAGCCAGCGUCCACUCAGAAAA